UCGUUGUGAGAUGAUAGCAACGAUUUGGUGCUAUUUCAUUCGAACCUUAGAAAUAGUUCCCAUGAACGUAUUGGGUGCAUGUUCCAAUGCGCCAUCGCUCUGGGAUUUACCUUCUAUGAUAGCUCUCUGAAUCAAAACAAAGAGGAGAGAGAGUGCAUCGCAGAUUCGCUCUACUAAGCAAUUCUAUGGACAUUGAUGGGUGGUGUCGGUGGUGUUUCCUAUUAUCUUAGCAGCCGUUGACCCCAUGGAGUCGCUGCCCGACAAGUUCUACUUUGUCGAGAGCUCGAGUCUGGAACUCAAUGUGCGGGUCAAGAUUUGCACCUUGGAAGGCUCGCUGUCCCGUUACAAACCCGAGCAAAUUGCGCGAGAUCCCAUCCUCAAAUAUGCGGGUCGAAAUCAGACCAAAUAUCCCGAUCUCUUGGUCCAAGCCGUGAUCACGGCCGGCGGACUCCCAGACGAACCACUCCACGUGCCCAUCCUGACCUUUUACAAGCAUUUCACGCGUCGCUGGGAGUGGAAUCAGUGGCUGGAAUUCCCCUUGAAAUAUUCGGAUUUGCCCGUGGCCGCCAAUCUGUGUUUGACCAUACUCGAUUGUGGCGGUGGGCGGACCCGAGAAGUGGUGGGCGGGACCACGUUGCCGUUGUUCGGCCAAGGGGGCGUGUUCCGCCAAGGGCAGUUUGAUUUGCGGAUUUGGAAUGAUCGCACGGCCGAUGGGCGUGGCCCGGGCUGUGCCACACCCGGUCAAGACCUGCCCAUCACCACCACGGCGACGGGGCAGACCGAAAAGAGCGAUCUGCCUCGACUCACGGCCUUGGCCAAAAAACAUCGGGCGGGCCGCAUUCAGCCCGUGGAUUGGCUGGAUCGACUGACCUUUGCCGAGGUGGAACGGAUCAAUCAAAAGGAAAAGAUGAGCUCUAAUCUCCUGUUCCUCAUGGUAGAGUUCCCUCAGCUGCACUGCCGUGAUGUGGAGCAGGUGGCUGUGGUGUAUUAUGAGCCGCACCCGCGUUUCCCCGAGGACGCGCCGCACUUAGCGGCCAAGACCGAUUUGGUGCGCUGUCCGGACUUUGACGUCGAGUUCGACAACAUCGUCGAGGCCAAACACCAUCGACUGGCUCGCUCAGCGCGCGCCGGUCAAGGCGACAAGGAUCUCAAGCCCAAUUCCGAGAUCAAGACUCGGCUCAACGCCAUCCUCAGCUACCCGACCACGCAAGCCUUGACCUCGUUUGAGCAGGAUCUGAUGUGGCGCUUCCGCCACUACCUCUCCAACGACAAGAGCGCGCUCGCCAAGUUCGUCAAGUGCAUCAGUUGGACAUCACGAAUGGAGGCCAAGCAAGCCUUGGACCUGAUCAAUAAAUGGGCUCCCAUGGAUGUGGAGGACGCCUUGGAACUCCUCGGGCCAGCCUUCAAGCACCCGGGAUUGCGUCAAUACGCUGUGAACCGGCUGCGGCAAGCCUCUGACGAAGACCUGCAAUUGUACUUACUCCAGCUCGUCCAAGCCUUGAAAUACGAGAAGAUCAACGAGGUUUGGCUGGGACACGCUGAAUCAUCCGCCAUGGAGUGCUCUCUCCCGCCCAACACGAUCACCGUCACGGAUCAAAGCUUGACCAAUUCCGACCUUCAAGAUGACAUUGACGACGAAAGUAGCGACCAAUUUCCUCCCGCUCAACCCCAUCAGCAACAAGGGCAAGCCCCAGGCCCCUUCAAUAGUACGACCGUGCCUGAGGGGGAAUCCGAUGAAAGCGAUUUGGGAUUAGCGGCCUUUCUCAUUGAUCGGGCUUGUAAUCACUCGGCCAUUGCCAACUAUUUGUUCUGGUAUCUCGUGAUAGAGUGCGAAGACAAAGAAGGAGGCGAGGGCGUCAAGGAGGAUGCGAAGAUGCAAGAAAUGUACCAGCUGGUUAUGAAGAAGUUCAUGUCCACAUUGAGGAAAGGUCCCACCGAGUGGCGAGAGCGUCUCAACUUUCUGGAACGGCAACAAAAGUUCCUGGAGAAACUCGUGCUACUCAUUAAGGCCGUGGCCCGAGAAUCCGGGAAUCGGAAGAAGAAAAUUGAGCGCCUCCAAGCUCUCUUGGCCGAUCCCGAUGCCUUCCAGUUCAACUUUGUCCGAUUUGACCCAUUGGAAUUGCCUCUGGAUCCGAGUGUCCGAGUCAAUGGGUUGGUUCCGGGUCAAGCCACGCUAUUCAAGUCGUCCUUGAUGCCUGCCCGUUUGAACUUUGUCACCGUGGAAGGCGAACAGUAUGUGACCUUAUUCAAGCACGGAGACGACCUUCGCCAAGAUCAGCUCAUCCUUCAGAUCAUCACCUUGAUGAACCGGAUCCUUCAGCAAGAGAAUCUGGAUCUGAAACUUACCCCCUACCGAGUGCUCGCCACCUCGUCCAAGCACGGAUUCGUGCAAUUUGUGAACUCCAUGGCCAUCGCGGAUAUCCUCAACACAGAUGGAACCAUUCAGAACUUCUUCAGGAAGCAUAACCCCUCCGAAGGCAGUCCUUACGGCAUUCAGCCCGAGGUCAUGGACACAUAUGUUCGUAGCUGUGCCGGAUAUUGCGUCAUCACCUAUCUGCUCGGAGUAGGGGACCGACAUUUGGACAAUCUCCUACUGACCAAGGCCGGCAAGCUGUUUCACAUCGACUUUGGAUACAUCCUCGGCCGCGAUCCAAAGGUGAUGCCGUCGCCCAUGAAGUUGAGCAAAGAGAUGAUCGACGCGUUUGGCGGGAUGAAUUCCGAGCCUUACCAAGACUUCCGAACCCAGUGCUACACGGCUUUCUUGAGUCUGCGACGUUACUCGAACCUCAUCUUAAACUUGUUCUCGCUCAUGGUGGACGCGUCUGUGCCGGAUAUCGCCUUGGAGCCGGACAAAACCACCGUGCUCAAGGUGCAAGAUAAGUUCCGAUUGGACCUGAAUGACGAGGGGGCGUUCGGUUCAUGCAGACCCCUAAUUGACGUGUCCGCCUCCGCUGUGAUGCCCGCCCUCGUCGACCGAUUUCACAAAUUGGCUCAAUUCUGGCGGAAUUAGCCCUGAACUUACAUGCAGCACGAUCAUGAUUGUCUGUCCGUAAUUUGUUUGUCAUAUCUAUUUUAGGAAACAUACCAGUCCAUUCAGAGCCGGCUAGGGCAAUCGUCUUUUGUUACGUCCAUUUUCUAUUGAUUAAUCAAUCGACAUGACUCGAAACUGAAAUACAAAAAAAGUAAUAAUCAUGGCCUGCUUGCCAAAAGAAGUCAGUCGCCAAUCCAAAA